UCCGCGCAACGAAUUCUGUCCGUAAUUUUGAAAGAAGUGGUAGGGUGUGCCCGUCUUUGAAUUUUAGUCAAAUUUCUGAGCUUGCGAAGAAAAAAUAUCGAUCUAAAGUAAAAUUUCACAAUCACUAUGCCACAAUCAAUGAUGGGGAGCGUGUCAGGCUUGUCAAUGGCCUCACGUGGCAGCAGAAUGUCGGUCGCCAGGAGUGUGGCGUCAGUGGCUACUCUUACCACAACAAUGGAGAAGAAAACUGGACUAAGGCUGCCCAUCCUCGAGUAUGCUGGUUUCACAGAUGUACAAAGAGGCUCUGUGCUUUCAGCUUUAUAUACAACGGUGGAGGGUCUGUUCCUGAUAGUCGUGGGUCUGUUUGUAAUGAUCAAUGAUAAGUUCUCUGCUGACAGGUGGAGGGUGGAGGUGCGCAACUCGCUGGUUCUGUUUGCCGCCGUCACGGCCGUGUCGGGGCUGCUGUUCCUGGUGGCCAGCGCCCUCCUCAUGCAGGGACUUAGACGGCAUGUCACUUACAUGUCCUCAGGUAACAUGUACGCGUGGUUGGUGGUGCACAGCUUCUACCACGAGCUCUGCGAAGUCACGCGGCUGGAGGAUGUCGCCAGGACUAAAGUCAGUGUUUGA